AUGAACGCGGUUGGUUACGGCAGAAUUUUGCUGCCUGCCAAUCAAACGGGCCACGCCUUCGCUUCGCUAGUAGACAAGUCGACCUCUCUGUUCCAACUCGGGGCCAGUACAGACAUCGUUCUACAUCUUCAGCCCUUGCAGAGGGACGGAAGUGUUGGCCUCGCUCUAGCCUUGUGCCUCGCAGCCGUAAACGCGUUCGAAAGGCCGCUGGACACUGCUUUCUUUGCUCUUUUGGUACGAGACGAUUACUUGUUCUUUGCCCUUUCAUCAGCAGACGUACAGUCGUCGCAUCUGGUUCCUCC